AGUUUCAACACACCCCUCGUCUGUGACCGUGCAGAAAAGAGUUCCCCGCUGAAAAGAGCUAUAAUGGACAGGAGGACAUCGCUUUGCAUCUGGCCACUGUCUGCCUCCGAGACAGCACAGAGGCUGAACGGGCAGCCGAGGUCCAGAGAGCACAGGCUUCUGCCAGAGAGUGGAUCGACAGUGCACGAGUGUGGGACUUUGGGACUUUUUGCGACAGCGCACGCUGUUGCCUGACAAGAAGGGAGUCAGAUGGUCCUGGUGAAGGAGCUUAUUCGUCAGGGUUUUUAGUCAGUAACCAGCCAGCUCCUUCUUCAUCACCCACAUGAAGAAUGCAGAGUGGGUGGGCCGUGUCAUCCAUGGCAGUAGGGUGAUACUGCGCACAAAAAGAAAAGCCUCGAUAUUGCAGCAGUACUACCUGAACAUCAGGCCUCACAUUUUCAGCGAAGAGAAAGGCUGCAACCGUUUUUUUCUUACCAGUUCUGCGGAUGCGGUCCACAAGGACAUGAACAAACUACACUCAAUGUAUAAACUGGGCAUCUCAAAAAGCCAGAAUGUGCGGAGGGCGGUUAUUGUCGGCACAACAACAGGAGGCCAUCCAUUUAUAUUUGGGCGGCCCUUGAUGAGGACUUGGUGGAGGCAGCCGACCUCUUAUCCUCUGUGGCUGGGACUUGUUCGGAUAAGGGGACAGCAGCAGUUGCUGAAACCAGCAUGUGGCGGUACUUUAACAAGUUUUUGGAGGCCUUCCCUGUCUCUCCGCAGGGCCAGCCUCCAUCUAAGAGGCAGCGGAGUGAAGCUGUCUUUCCUGGAGCCAGGUCAUUUUAUGACAAGUGGCGGGCUUCACAAUAUACCAAGAGGGCUGACUAUCUUGUCGGUUACUUCAGUCUGCGGAGGCCUAAUUUCUCAGGAGGGGUGGACGACCAACUGCCCCAAACCAGAGGAGGUUGUGAGAAUGUGGAGGCCGGCCUCUAAGCAGAAGGUCAAAACCGACCCCUGUGUGCAUCGCUGUGUGGCUGAGCAGGCAUGGACAGGUCUGGCCAUCAAAGAUUUUGGUCCUCCCAAAAGUUUCGGAGUGGUUGCCACCAGAAACUUUGCCAGUGGUGACAUUGUUUGUGAUUACCACAGCAAGCCCUUUGUGUGGAUGUCCAGACCUUUCCCUGCAGCCGUCACCCACAGAUAGACACUUUUGGCCGCCGCAUCAACCACUCCUCAAAGGCAGCCAACAUAAAGCCCUUCGGCUGCAAAAUGACUUUUAAUGGGCAAGAAAAGGACAUUGUUUUAUUUAAGGCCCCGAAGAACAUCUCUGUGGAUGAGGAGUUCAAAUUUGACUAUGGGGUCAACAGAAAGUCAUUCAGAGGGGAAGGCUUAGGCCUUGAGUGGCUGGAUGACAGUCCAGUCCUUUUUUUCUGUAUAUAUUUAUAUAUUUUUGGGAUUUAUUUCAUUUUUAUUUUUAGUAU